ACCCCCAAUUAAUCCGCCCACACUCCACUCCUGAGUAUAUAUCAAGUCACAAACUCCUACUUCCACUCCAAAUAAACACACACUACACGCACUAAACCUCCAGCAUGAAGAAGAUCAACUCCAUGCUCCGGAAAUGCAAGACCCUGUCCAGGCAACUGGGUCGGACCUCUUCCUACAGCAGCCUGAGAUCCAAGUCCACCAGGGGUCCUCAUCGACAUUAUCAAGAGUUGUGGGGUGAUGAUGCAAAUAUGCAGGAGAUAAAGGAGCCCUGCGAGACAAUUUUUGUGGGGAGCUCCAGGAGAAGGUACGUCAUCAGCUCCAAGCACUUGAACCAUCCAUUGCUGAAUGCCCUCAUUCAGAAGUCCAAACAAGAACCGGGUUCGGGUGGGGCCCCGUAUCCGGAUCCUGACCUCUCUGUGAACUGUGAGGUUGUGCUGUUUGAUCACCUCUUGUGGAUGCUUGAAAAUGCUGACCCCAAUUUGAUCAGUUCAGAUUCUUUGGAAGAGCUAGCAGAACUCUAUGUUUAUUGAAAUUCAUCAUUGAAUUCCCAUGUCAGAAAAAUAUAUAACUUUUUCUGUCUGUUUUUCUCGUUGCAGUGUGAAGUAUACUGUACACGAACUUGUGUAAUUAAUUGACAUAUAUCCCAUUUUAUAAAAUUAAGGAUA